AGUCCGAGCGCAGCACCAGGAGCAUCAGUGCUGGAGAGCUGAAACUGAGAGACAGAGGCAGUUCUCUUCACAGCACACGACAGCAGCGGCCGCUCUCGCUCUCACUCUACAUGCCUUUUUUUCUCUUCUUUUCUUUCUGGAGUUGAGGUCUUGUUCGUCAGAGCAACGGGAGUUAGUGGAAACUGGGGCUCCAAGCUGUUAUCCAAACAUCCCAAACGCAGACCUGGCUGCCCACAUGCCGAUCGAAUUUGUUUGCAAAAUCAAAUUUGCAGAGGAGGAUGAGAAGCAGAAAGGCAACCAGGAUGGGGACAAGGAGAGCCUGAUUGAGGAGAGCUGCAGCCCCCCAACCAAGGACUUGGCUGGCUUUGCCAGUGCCUCCUCGCUCCAUGGGAUUAACCACAUUUUCGUGUCGGGCCGGCUGGGUGUCAGACAGACCCUCUGGGCUCUUGCGUUUCUGGUGUCCCUGGCUCUCUUUCUGUACCAGGCAGCAAAGUGUGCCAUCUCCUACCUGGAGCAUCCUCACGUCACGGCACUGAACGAGGAGGCCACCCCGGAGAUGGUGUUCCCCGCCGUGACCAUCUGCAACAUCAACCGUUUCCGCUUUUCUGCUCUUACAGAUGCCGACAUCUACCACCUGGCCAACCUGACCGGCUUGCCCCCCAAAAACAAGGACGGCCACAAACCCACCGAUUUGGAGUAUCCGGCACCAGACAUGCAGGACAUCUUCAACCGGACGGGUCACCAGCUGGAAGAGAUGCUGAAGAGCUGCAACUUCAGUGGGCAGAACUGCUCGGCUGAAGACUUUACUGUGGUCUACACAAGAUAUGGAAAAUGCUAUACUUUCAAUGGAAACAAGACAACCUCCAGGAAGACAAAGCAAGGUGGGAUGGGAAACGGACUGGAGAUCAUGUUGGAUAUCCAGCAGGAUGAUUAUCUGCCUAUCUGGAAGGAGACGAAUGAAACAUCUUUAGAGGCAGGAAUUCGUGUUCAGAUCCACAGUCAGGAUGAGCCGCCCUACAUCCAUCAGCUGGGCUUUGGAGUCUCUCCGGGUUUCCAGACCUUUGUAUCCUGUCAAGAGCAAAGGUUGACCUACCUGCCCCAGCCUUGGGGGAACUGCCGCUCUACCAGUGAGCAGAUGAUCCCGGGUUACGAUACCUACAGUAUCAGCGCCUGCCGCCUGCGCUGCGAGACUCUGGAGGUUCUGCGUGAGUGCAAAUGCAGGAUGGUGCACAUGCCGGGAGAUGCCAAUAUCUGUACACCCAGCGAUAUCAAAUGUGUGGACAAAGCACUUGCACUGUUGCAGAAAAGUUCAGGUGACACAUGUUUCUGUGAGACUCCCUGUAACCUGACACGAUAUGGUAAAGAGCUGUCCAUGGUUAAAAUCCCCAGCAAGGGCUCGGCUCGCUACUUAUCUAGAAAAUACGACAAGUCCGAAGACUACAUCAGAGACAACUUCCUUGUUUUGGACAUUUUCUUUGAAGCACUUAAUUAUGAGACAAUAGAACAGAAAAAAGCAUACGAUGUUGCAGGAUUAUUAGGGGACAUUGGUGGGCAAAUGGGUCUUUUUAUAGGAGCCAGCGUCCUCACCAUCUUGGAAAUUCUGGAUUAUGUAUAUGAGGUGAUCAAACACAGGUUGGAGCGUUUGCUGAGGCCACAAAGAGAUGACAAAAAGCAAACCCAGCAGCAGCAACAGGCCAGCACAGUCGCCACAGUGAACCUGGAGGAAAUGAAAGCUAAGGAUUCUAGUGAGAUGAGCCGGAGCCAUUCAGAAGGAGCUUACGCCAACACCAUCCUCCCGAAUCACCAUCACCACCACCGCACCCACCACCGAGUGUUCGAAGACUUCGCCUGCUAGGAAGGUCUUGCCGCUGUUGACGUCUGCAGAAGGAGCGCUGAAGGUGGGCUCGAUGAAAGACCCUCAGAUCUCAGCGUUAAUCUCUCUUUCUCGCUGUCACCAGUUAAAGCUACAGCCAAAGUCGAACUCUUAAACCCUCGCUUCUAACCGAACGGACAUACACGGAUCGGACGCUGCGGUCCAGCAGGAGACCCUACGAAAUCCUGCCCUUUCCCAAUUCCUUUCGCAGGACUCUACGAUUUCUACACCGGGGACCUUGGUGUUACAUCAAGGCAUAGACUGCAUGACAUCUAGAGCCACUUUAUACUCCAGGUCAUUGCGUUCUUACUUUCUAUUUUGUCAGCUGUUAGAGUUUUAUUCGGUGAGUUCUCAUCUUGUGAAAUAUAUUAAUUCUACCAAUGU